AUGCAGUGGAGUAAAGAUGGACACACCAUCAACAUUGCAUGGGAGAGGUUUUGUAUCCAGGAGAUGGGACUCCGCAUCAAAGAUGUUGAAAUUGAAGACAGUGGAUUGUACACAUGUAAAGCAACCAACAGCUUUGGCAGUGUCCAGUUCAACUUCACCCUCACAGUUAUACCUGAGAAGAAAGAAGGUACCCAACAGAACAAUCUCUACCCUCACCAACUGGACCCUACAGGGGCAACUGAGCCCCGUUUCCUGCACCUGCGUAAGAUGAAGAAAAAGGCGAUCCCACGCCCGGCUGGUAGUUCCAUAUGGUUUCGAUGUCGAGCUAGUGGUAACCCACAGCCAGAGAUACAAUGGCUGAAGAAUGGUCAGAUGUGGACAUCUGAUAACAUGGGGAACUAUCAGGACAGUAGACCACGUUGGACGUUAAAGAUUGAUGAUUUACGACAAGAGGACAGUGGUCAGUACACCUGUGUGGUCACUAAUAUCCAUGGUACCAUCAAUUACACAUACUCUUUAGAAGUCGUCGAAGAGGUUCAUGAAAAACCGCAAUUACUUCCACCACACCCCCUCAACCAGACGGCUCGAAGGGGAGAGCAAGCUUCGUUCCAGUGUCAUGUCAAAAGUGAAGUCCAGCCUCUCAUAAAAUGGCUGAAAUGGGUCGAUGACCCGUCCACUCUUUCCAAUGUCAACCACACCAUUGAAGUGAAAGGCCGUAAAUUUGUUGUACUGAAGUCUGGUGGGAACUGGAAACGACCAGAUGGUUCUUACGUGAAUAAACUGACGAUAAAAAGGAUUACAUCAGAAGAUUCAGGGUUAUACAUAUGUUUAGGGGCCACAAGUUUUGGGUUCAGCUGCCGACAGGCUUUCCUGAAGGUGCAUCCAGAUCCAAAGCAUUCUCGACCAAACCAAAAAAUUACUCCGUCCACUUCAAAAAUCCUUUUCGUGGACAUCUGGAUUCCUGCUAUUAUGCUUGCCAUUAUUACUGGAGCUAUCGCCCUUCUCUAUAGUAACCGAUGCCACUGUCGCUGUUCACAGACUUCACACAACUCCAACCACGAACAUGUUGAGUUGGAACAUGUACCAACCAGCCACCACGAGGACCCAGUCAACUAUCCACAGAUGUCGGCCUACCACACCCCAAACAUUCAUGCUGGCUCCAGUAGUAUGUCCAGCAGUUCCAGCUUUAGCAUCGCAUCGUCCUCCAUACCUCCGCUCCGUCACUAA